CCAGUACCGCUCUAUCUGUGUCUGAAUUCACUGACCUGCCCAGUGUCCAACAGCAGCUCCAGUCCUCCGUGGAGGCUGUGGUCAUUGACGUCACCCCAGAAUCACCAACUGUACUUGGUAUGUUAACAAGCAUGACCUCUUGCCUGAGGGCCUGCCUGACUUGUUUCACUUACACUGAGCAAAAGAGAUGAAGUGUGAUACUUGUUUAGUUUCCAUGUGUGCAUUUAAAGACAGGCGGUGGCAUGAUUUCCUGCUGCUUAAAAUUGAAGUAGAAAGUGCAAGGUGCUCUCACAGAAAAACAAAAGUAAAGAACAAAACUUGAAAGACAGCUCACCACUUAGUGAGGGUUAGUUCUCCAGCGCACUUUUUCAAAGGUUUUACUUCCUUGUCUUCCUGUCUUUUUUCAGUUGACUCUGCCAAAAAGGAUAUCGUAUUCCUUCUGGAUGGUUCUGAUGGCACAAGGAAUGGCUUCCCUGCCAUGCUUGAUUUUGUUGAGAGAGUGGUAGAGAAACUUAAUGUGGGAGAAAACAACGACCGCGUCUCUGUGGUCCAGUACGGCAGAGAUGCAGAGGUCCAUUUCUAUCUCAACACAUACACCACCAGAGAGGAUAUUGUGGAUUCAGUCAGAGGGCUGAGACACAGAGGAGGCAGACCCCUCAACACCGGGGCAGCCCUCCAGUACGUCAGGGACAAUGUCUUUACAAACUCCUCUGGGAGUAGGCGCCUGCAAGGUGUCCCACAGAUGUUGAUCCUGCUAAAUGGCGGAAGGUCUUUUGACAAUGUAGAUACACCGGCCUCUGCUCUCAAACAACAGGGCAUCUUUGUGAUUGGCAUUGGAACAAGGAGCUCUGACAUUAGAGAGCUGCAGAAGAUAUCAUAUGACCCUAGUCUGGCCCUAUCUGUGUCUGAGUUCACUGAUCUCCCCGGCAUCCAAGAACAGCUCUCCUCUGCAAUGAACACAGUGGUAGUGAGGGCCACGCCCAUGACACCAACGGUAACUGUGGAGAAAAAGCCAGUGGGAAGGGAUGUUGUGUUCUUGUUGGAUGGCUCUGAUGGUACUAGAAGUGGAUUCCCAGCUAUGCGAGACUUUGUCCAAAGAGUAGUAGAGACACUGAGCGUGGAUGACAACAAAGACCGCGUCUCAGUGGUUCAGUACAGCAGAGAUCCAGCUGUCCAGUUCUAUCUGAACACGUACACCACAAAGGGAGAGAUCCUCGACACUGUCAGAGGUUUGAGGCACAAAGGCGGAAGACCGCUCAAUACUGGAGCAGCUCUCCAGUACUUGAGGGACAAUGUCUUCACGGCCUCUGCAGGAAGCAGGCGCUUGGAAGGAGUUCCACAGGUCCUGAUAUUGCUAUGUGGUGGAAAGUCUUUUGACAGUGUUGAUGCACCAGCCUCUGCCCUCAAACAGCUGGGUGUGUUGAUCUUUGCAAUUGGAACCAGGAGCUCGGAUAGUAGAGAGCUGCAGAAUAUAUCCCACGAUCCCAGUACCGCUCUAUCUGUGUCUGAAUUCACUGACCUGCCCAGUGUCCAACAGCAGCUCCAGUCCUCCGUGGAGGCUGUGGUCAUUGACGUCACCCCAGAAUCACCAACUGUACUUGGUAUGUUAACAAGCAUGACCUCUUGCCUGAGGGCCUGCCUGACUUGUUUCACUUACACUGAGCAAAAGAGAUGAAGUGUGAUACUUGUUUAGUUUCCAUGUGUGCAUUUAAAGACAGGCGGUGGCAUGAUUUCCUGCUGCUUAAAAUUGAAGUAGAAAGUGCAAGGUGCUCUCACAGAAAAACAAAAGUAAAGAACAAAACUUGAAAGACAGCUCACCACUUAGUGAGGGUUAGUUCUCCAGCGCACUUUUUCAAAGGUUUUACUUCCUUGUCUUCCUGUCUUUUUUCAGUUGACUCUGCCAAAAAGGAUAUCGUAUUCCUUCUGGAUGGUUCUGAUGGCACAAGGAAUGGCUUCCCUGCCAUGCUUGAUUUUGUUGAGAGAGUGGUAGAGAAACUUAAUGUGGG